AUGCAUGUUUUUGUUGAGCUAGUUGUCAUUGAUUGUGAUUAUGAAGGUGCGGCUAAGAUUUUUGAAGUAGAGAACAUCUUUUGCGCUUUAGACCUUGGAACUAGGUAUUCGGAGCUUAUGGCGAAGGAGGGACCGGAGGUGAUGAUCGGAGAUGGACCAGAAGGAGAUCGGAGUAAUCGGAUGGCAAAACAAGCAAGACGGAACAGAGCCUUGAGCAAAAGGAAACAGAGUGCUUGA